GGGUAACAACUUUCUUUUCUCAUGUGUAUUACGUGAUCUUUAGCAUUGGGGCUAUCCUCUAUAGAGUAAUUAUUUUCUUGAGCUGUAAAAAUGUAUUCUUCAUCUCGUAUUCCUGCCCAUGUUCAAACACCUGCUCAGGAGAGUAUCUGCAAUCCGCCAUUUUCUCUUCUUCUCAAUGCAGUUGUAGCGCACGUCGCGGCCACAAGAGGGAGACACAGCACAACCUACUGCUGCGCAUCUUCCAUCCUGUACAGGAGGACACUCGUUUCCUUCAGGGGUCAUAUCAUCAAGCUGGGCCGCCUUUACAGCAAGUCUUUACUGACAGUUUGUAGCUUCAUUUUUUCAAGUUUCUUGGCUGUUGCUUCCAUUAUUGAUAAAAUAAGCACACAACUUCAACACAAAAAGUUGAAAUAAGUCACGUUUAGGUUGGCCUCUACUUUUUACAGUCUAUGGUUGGCCUAUGUGUUUAAGUUGUGACGUACAUGGUUAUUUUGCCCCUGUGUGCAAAACGUUUCAUAACACCAAUAGCAUUAAGACGAGGACUGAAAUCCCCUAAUUUCAGAAUAACUUAGUGUAAUUUCCACCCACAGAUUCAGCAAGUGUACGCUCAUGCGUAAACACACAGACCUUUGAAGUGGCCCUCUGUCACCACAUGGCAAAUCCCCCUGGUGUGAUCCCUCUGUCCAUUUGGCCACAAGACCCACACUGGAUUGUGGUGAACAUCCAUCUGUGCAGUCGUCAGAGCCACUCUCCUGCCCUGUGGCGGCUUAACGUUGGUGUCUCAGAUAAGCAUGCAAUCAAUGGAAAUCCCACUGUGGAGCCUUUUCCAGACAGCAUGGAGACCAUCAUGUUUGGUAUGGGCUGUUUCUGGGGAGUGGAGAAACUUUUCUGGAGGCUUCCAGGAGUCUUCUCCACACAGGUGGGCUACGCUGGAGGCUUAACACCAAACCCCUAUUACGAAGAGGUCUGCACAGGUUUGACGGGUCACACUGAGGUGGUCCGGGUGGUCUUCUCCGCAGAGGACAUCAGCCUCAAGGAGCUACUGAAAACCUUCUGGGAGAACCACGACCCUACACAAGGUAUGAGGCAGCACGCUGACCACGGUACUCAGUAUCGCUCUGCCAUUUACACAUCCAGCCCCACUCAGCAGGAGCUCGCAUUGAAGACCAAAGAGGCCUUCCAGCAGGAGCUACAUAAAAAGGGCUACGGCCCUAUCACUACAGAGAUCCUGGAGGGGCAACUGUUUUACUACGCAGAGGACUAUCACCAGCAGUAUCUGAAGAAGAUGCCAGAUGUGUUUGCAUCCCCUCCCUUGCUCUCCCUUCCCCUCCCUCUGGUUCCUGCAUGGGCGCAGGGUCUCAAUCAGAGCAUCAGGGCUCCAGGAACCGGAGCACAGCAGUCUCUCUGUGCUGCCCAGAGAAGUGCAGCCUUGUCUGGGUCGGUGCAUCUGCAGCCUGAGGGCGAGCUGGGGGAAGUGGGUGAACCCUGGUGCCCCUGCAUGCUGGUUUCACUCGAGGUCUUCUCCGCUGGCACGGCCUGACCCCUGAACUCUGGGAAAGAAAACCCAGCUCAUUCCAGAUACAGUAUGUGCACACGCAGGUUGAUGAUGUAUUGGAACUGUUUUAAAUGUGUCUUCAGACAGGUUAGCUUGAUGCAACAAUACCCUCAUUGAAAACAAAAAAAAGGCAAGCUCACACAUGCAGAGUCGUGCAUUCUCACCACUAUGAGAGAAUGUCAUGAGCCUGUUCCUCCUUCCCUCUGGGAAAAGCGAUGGGUUAAGGGUGGGGGUUGGGGGGUG